AGAGGAAGAGCGCUGUCUUCAUAGGUGUUUUUCUUUUCAUAUUCUUAGCACCGAGGACGAACGGCAACAUCUUUUUGCUUGCCACACAUCAUAGCAACAUCCCCAUUACCGAGCGUUUAAAAAAUUAUAUUUAAGAUUCUCUCUCUCUCUAUCUAUAUAUACAUCGUUUUUCUCCUUUCGCAUCUUCAGGAAAAAGAAAAAUAAAGAGAAGAAUGCCUAGCAUUGAAGUCGACGUUGCCAGUGUGCCGGAUAUCAUCGAGGCACAACUCACGCUAAGCUACAGCCGUCUCACCGACCUGAUUCGCGUCAUUGUGGAUCAGGGCAACGGGCAUGAGGACGACAUCGACGAGAUUCGCGCCCGCCUCGCAAAGCUCGUGCAGGAAAACAACAAGCUGCGUUCUGAAAUAGAGACGCUGAAGCAAAACCAGGGGCCAAGUUCCGAUCUGGCGGCCGCCUUGGAAGAGGUGAAGAACACCGUGAGGCAACUGGGUGACAAGGUGGACGCCAACGCGACCCAAAUCGCCGCGGGCGCGGCCGCCCAAACGGCGUUGGCGGAGUCGGUGGAGAAACAGGCGGCGGAGCGGCAGGCGAAGAUGCAAGCUAGCGUGGCUGAGCACGCCGCCGACGUCAACCGCCGCCUUGUCGCCACGGAGAAGUCGGUGCAGGUGUCACAGGCCUUCACGGAUCUGUGGGGGGUCGUGCCGGAGCAGCUGUUGGAGAUGGGUCGGCGCAACGCGAACCAGGAAGUCGAGCACAGCCUCAAGGAUCGCACCACCUAUUUGCUUUCCAUGGCGGCCUUUGUCAAGGUGCACGAGGAGAUGGAUGUGCUGCGUGCACUCCAGCAGCGCCAGGCCGCGGAUGCGCUCGCGGCGAAGACGAGUGAGGUGGCGCGCGCCAGUCGCACCGCCUCCCUCGUCGGGCCGCCGCCGCCGCAGGAGAGCAAAGACAACUCCGCCGAGGUGGAAGAGUUGACCAAGUCAGUGCGCGCGUUGGAGCUGCAGAUGCAGAUGUUCGAGAAGCAGCGUCUCCUGCCGUUGGAGUCUACGCUGAAUGAGCUGCAGAGCCGCGGCAACGCUAACGAGCGUGUGGGCAACACGGAGAAGGACGUGAACCGGCUCUACGACCAACUCGGCUCGCUGGAGGAUCGCCUUAACCUGCUGUUGGGCCUGUCCUCUGAGAAGACCAACGCAACGGCGGACGGCGAUGCGGUGAAUCCAGCGCUGGUCGACCUCGCACACCGCAUUUCGGUGCUGGAGGGCACGGUGGAGGGGCUGCCGCGUGGCGCCACCCCCCUCCAGCUGCCGGGCAACACCCCCGCUAGCGCCGAGGCGGCGGCCAACGGCGCGGGGGGCGAGGUGGUCAGCGCGGACGGCGGCGCUCGUCCGUCGUCGUCGCACAGCCCACACGGCCGCCCGCCUUCCGGUCGCCCCGGCAGCGGUCUCCUGCCGAACCUGUCGAAGGACCCGCUGAACAGUAGCAGCACCGCCGCCAAAACCGCCUCGCCUACCCCGCAGCGCACCUCGUCGUUGCGGCAGCGCCCGCAGAGCGCUUCGAAGGAGCUCGCGCAGCCCACCGUGGAGGUGCUGCGACGGGAGGAGGUCGUGCAGCCGGCGGUGGCGUCCGGUCGCCGGCGCAUCUCCGUCGCGGUCGAGCCAGACGACGGUCUGCGUCGCCGCGUCUCGCAGCUGGAGGAGAACGCGGCCAUUUUAGAGGUGAACAAGGCGGACCGGAAGGAGCUGCAGAAGUUGGAAGACGCGCUGCAGCAGGCGCUGACCAGCAUGAAUCGCCAGCACUCCGCCGCUCCACAAAGCUCGCCGUCGUUGAUACCGCAGCGGCCCAUGUCCGCAGGUGGGCGUUUUGUGCAGAACCACGCGAAUUCUUCCCAGAUGGAGUACGCACAAGCUCAGCGUGGAGACGGCUUCAAUCGUCUUGCCUCUUCCUCCGGCACCUUGGGCCGCCCCAUGUUUGUUGGCUCAUCUUCCUCUGUGUAUCUGCAUGACGGGGCUCGGUUGACAAAUGCGACGGUUUCUUAUUUGGGCGAGAACCGCACGUAG